CCCAAUACUUAUACUUGAGCAGCAUACUAGCCGAAAUUCUCCGCUCAAGUUAAAAGGAAAAUAAUUGACACGGCUCUGUAGGGCUGAGCGUCUAGCAUGGCAAACACGAACGGCCACACAGAGCCAAAUGGGAGCGAGCCGCUGCCCAUCGUGGUAGCAGGAGGUGGCUGCGUAGGCCUCUUCCUCGCGCUCCUCCUAACGCAGUCCUCCAUACCGAACCGGAUCAUUGUCAUCGAGCCAUCUCCUCCCGACCCGCACUCUACCCGCGCCAUGGCCCACCAACCCAUCAUCUUCCCCUUUUUCGCGCGCGCCGGCCUUAUGCCUGAACUCUCGCGCAUCGGCCAAUUCUCUUCCGGCUUGUGUUUCCGAACGAGCGUCAAGAACGGGUCGAAGUUGAUUGCCGGGAAGCAGUUCAAAGAGGGCGAGAAGGCGCAGUUGUCACUACCUCAAGGGAGAUUUCAAGAGCUAUUGGUCCAAAAGAUUAAGGAGACGGAGAAAGCCGAGAUACAGCUGGGAUGGCAGGUGGUUGGGUUUAAGGAGGGGGAGAAAAGCGUGGGCGUGAAAGUCGAACAAGAAAGCGGAAAGCAAGAAACAAUCGAGGCGGUCUAUCUGGUCGGCGCCGAUGGUGCGAAAUCGACUGUCCGGAAGCUCCUCGGCGUAUCCCUCGACGGCGAAACGCUUCCCACGCAGCUCGUCGCGACCGACAUCAAAUACGAUUUCCACGCGCACGGCUUCUACGACGCGAACUUCAUCAUCGACCCCGAGAAUUACGGUCUGAUUGGCCGAAUAGAUGAUGAGGGGUUGUGGAGAGUGAGCUAUGGCGUCCCGAUCGACACGCCAGAAGCGGAGAUACGCAAGGGUCUGCCUUUGAAAAUGGAGAAGAUGCUGCCAGGAGAGGAGGGGAAGAAACAAUACGAGGUGAAGAGGGUGGCGCCAUAUAAGGCGCAGCAGAGAUGUGCGGAGACGUUUUGGAAGGGAAGGGUGGGAUUGUGCGGGGAUGCUGCGCAUCUGACAAACCCCUACGCCGGCCUUGGCCUCGCUUCUGGCAUUGCUGACGCGUCAUCCCUCGCCGACGUCCUAGUCCGUGUCCUCUCUCACGAGUCCCCGGAUCCUACCAAGCUCCUAUCCUCGUGGUCCGAUGCCCGGCGGCAAAAGUUCUUGACCGUUGUGGACAAGCCGUCACGCAUGGCCUAUGCACGAGUGCACACAAAGGUCGACACGGAAGGAGAGAUCAGCGCGUUGCUGCAGAAAGAUCCUUUAGUGGGUGCGCUGAAGAAGGGCAUGCCGAUGAUGCCACCGAGUUUGGAGACGCAAGGGGAGACAUUGGAUGGAUGGUGACGGAUCGUGGAACUUUACAGAAUCGUACAGUAUAUAACAUAAGAACACCUCGGUGGUAAGAAAAC